AAUAUGUAAACUAUGCAACAGAAUUGAAGAUCCAGGAAACAAAACAAAAAGAAAUGGUAUUCAACUUCAUAGAAGGAACCCGCCUCGUGGUCCCAGCAGGCCGUGCAGUCGUAGCCACGGUACGUUCCCCCCUUCAAAUAACUGCUCUGACCUCCCCUAUUUCUGACCCGGCGCAGCUAAAAGGCAAAAACCAACCUCAGGACCCUUCCGAAGAGGAAGCAGGCCAUGUGGAACUUCUCGAUUUGAUGCGCCAUCUUCUGGCCUUCACAUUUGCAACUACAAUUGAGGACCUCCACGCGCUAACCAAUAUUUCCACCCCUGCUCCUUCUUCAGUCCUAAUAACAGAUGUCACCAUUCCGUCGAAAUUUUAUGACGAAGCGGCUGUGCAUAUCCGAAAUACCUUGGGUGAGACGAAUCUUAAUUUAGUCGGCAAAACUUGGUGGCAAUGGAGAAGAGAGGGAAGUGCGGGUGUUCUUAAAACUGAGUGGAUUGAGAUGAGAGCUGAUUUUUUGGAGAGAGGUGGUGAACGGGCAGGAGGUUGGGGGAAGAAGGUUAUGUUUUAUAUCCAUGGUGGGGGCUAUCACUUAGGGGGCGUGGGUCAUGGACCGCAAUGUCAAAGACAUGCCAGGAAGUGAGUUUGCCUUAAUACUUUUCUUACCUAUUUUGAGAUUUUAUCUGGUGUAAUGCUGAUUUCAUAUUUUAUAGGCUGAAGGGUAGAGUUUUCGCGCCGAGAUACCGAUUAGCACCUUCUUUUCCCUUUCCUUGUGCUUUGCAGGAUUUACUAGCAGCCUACCUCUAUCUGCUUACCAUACAGUUUGUUCUCCCGGUUUUUGUUCCCCUUCCGUCGAAGAUUGUCAGUAAUAAUUAUAUUUUAGAGACCCAAGUACAAUAGUCUUCGCGGGUGAUUCAGCAGGCGGUGGUUUAUGCUUAGCUCUUCUGAUGAUUUUACGAGACCAAGGACUUGCUUUGCCUGCUGGAGCAAGUCUGAUCUCACCAUGGGUAGACUUAACGCACUCUUUUCCCAGUAUCUUGAUCCCCACUGAUCAGGACUAUGUACCUGCAUUCGGCUUCCACGCCAAACCAUCAUUAGCAUGGCCACCGCCCAAUUCAGAUGAGAUGAAAACCCUGAAGUGGCCAAGACAUAAAGGGGCUUUACCUGAUUACGAGAUGGAGAUUGAUGGAGAAACGGUGGUAUUGAAAGAGCAGAUUCAGAUGUAUGCGGAGAAUAACCACGUUACCAUUCCCUUGGUUUCACCGGUUUUGGCUGCUUCUUUGGGAGGGCUAUGUGCGUGAUCAUUCCUUCUCAAGCUUCAUUGUACUGACAUCAACCCAAGGUCCUCUACAAGUGAUUGUGGGAGGAAGUGAACUUCUACGAGACGAGCAGAUAUAUCUCGCUCAUAAGGCAGCGAACCCAGAAGAAUACAGACCAAACGACAAAACCCUAGCAGGGAAUGGAGAUACAGUGAAGGACAUUCUUAGAUACCCCCCGACAAAUGUUCAACUCCUCGUCUUUGACGGCGCGCCUCAUGCUGCACCAACAUUAGGACAUACAAACGUCGCGAAAUACCAGUAUAGGGCUGUGGCUCAAUUCUCAGCAUGGGCGCUUGCUCAGGCUCAAAGAGCAGAUAUUGAUCUCCAAGACGAUUCAUCGAUUCAUGCUCCUGAAGUCGAGGUAAGUCAUGAAACAUGACAAAUGUAAUUGCUUUUAGCUAACAUAUUUUGGGCAAAGGAACCAGGUCAGAUUGGAAAAGUAGGAGAUCGUCUGCCAUCUUUCAAAGAACACAUGACACGGCAUCGUGUAUCUCGUUCAGGACACCUCUUUCCCCUUCCUCCGGCGUCUGAAUUACCCGCGUGUGUAUUUCCAGUAGAGGAAAUUGGCUGGCCAAAGGCAGAAGCAGUGAAAGAGUGGAUCAGAUACCGAGAGACAGUUACGAAUGUCAAGUUCGCAUCGCAGAGGCAAAAGGGUAAGUCGUUGACAUGAACCUUUGUUGUUGAGAUCUCUGGUUUUGACAUCUUCAUAGUAAUGAAGCAAAGGGUUCAGAAUGCUCAAAUUGGAUAUAUCCAAUUUCCAAACGGCGAAGUACCACCACCAACAGCACUAGCUGGUCGAAGAGUAAUAGGACAAGAACUGAAAAAGGAAGGUAGGAAAUCAGUGGUUGGGACGAAAAUCAUGUCCAGACUGUCGGGAAGAUACGAUGACGAUGCUCCGCUUGGAGAUGGACCUGAAGGAAGUGUUAUUAAGAGGGAUAGGAGACGAACUGUUACAUAUCAUCCCCAAGAAGAGGGCAUUACUACCAGCAGUGCGCAGGGCUUGAGCUCGAAUCCUGUAAAAUAAACAUGAGCUUGAAGAGGGAACGAAGAAUAUAC